AUGCAACGAAUCCCAAUUGAUUUGGAUGAAGCUGAAUCAACUGUUCUUGAUGAUAGUCUGAACAAGACGAAUACCAUUUCGGUUGCUAUUAGUAAGAAAUUGAAUGAUAUAUCGUACAAGAGCACCUUGAGCGCCAAAAAGUUGAAACCUUUAAUCAGUGAUAUUGAUGCACUCAAAAUCUAUAAUGACAAUAUUGAUAACAUGAUGCUGAUUCUACGAGAUGUUAAAGACUAUGCUAAAGAGGCAUCUCAAUAUCAGACAACUCUAAAUAGGAUUGGGUCUAUUGACAACGCUAACGAUUGCAAGAAAUACAUUUCAUCGAUUGAUCAAGCAAGAAGCACUUUAAACAAUCAAGACCAAUCCCAAGAAGGAGGGAUAUUUAAAGGAGUGAAUUCCAGUUUGAUAAGAUCAAUAAAUGAUGCAGAACUACACCUAAUAACGACGUUCCGUAAUUUGUUGAUUGAAAACUCCAAACCAUUUGAUCCGCAAAUGUUUAUGACUAAACGUGAAGCAUUCCCCUUUUUUGAAGAAGAAACCGUAGGCAUUCUACGCCUGAUUUUUGCAUAUUUUGAAAGGAGAAAUCAAGACGCAAAGUUAGUAAGAGUGGUCGUGGAACAGAGGUUUAGGUUGGUCUACGAAUCGAUGGAGAGGUUGGAAAUGUUCGUGAAACCUACUCUGAAUUCCAAAACGUACGAAAAAAAUUCCAAUGGUGUUAGUAACUAUUCUGAGGCAUUUAUUUCGUUUAUUACGAAUGAAAAUGCAUUCUAUGAAGAGCUGUUUGAAUCCAGCAGGAACAAAAGCCAAUUGAUUAGUGAUACCUUAGUUGCAGUUUUUGAAAAGUUGAUUGACAACUUUAUUAGGCUGAUAAAGGAACUGACGGAUUUUAUCGAAACCCAUUUGGACACGCACGGCUUUCUGUCCUUCGAAGUCAUUGAAUCAUGCCAGAAUGUUCGAAAAUAUUGCCACGAUUACGAUUUAGACUCAUGCAUUUCAAGUCAAGCAGAACAAAUGCUCAACUUAAUUAAAAACCAACCGAUUAAAGUUUUUUCUAACAUUCUGCGAGACAUCGAUAAUGGAUAUUUGCACCUUUCAUCAUUGCCAACAGAUCCAACAACUAUUGUAAGACCAAUAUCUGAACUCACUAAUAAACUGAAACGUAUCAAUGACAACAAAGAGUCGUGCUGGCUUGUAAUGCAAGAUAUAGGCCCUAAGAACUGGCUUCCCUUGAAUACUGCCAAUACUCCAGAAUGGAGAAAGGACAAUAUCUAUUUGAAAGAAAAUUUGGAACCCUCGAAGGAUAGCAAGCUGAAUCUUGCAAAGUUUGUUUGUCACUGCAUAGAGUGUGCUAUCAUUAAUCUUCACAUAAAGGGUAAGGAAUUGAAGUACAACGGUCUCGGUGUACUGGUAUACAGUAACUUCUAUUUCUUAGAAGAGUUCAUCCAUAGAUCCAAUAUAGAGAGGAUUUUAGGGUCGUAUGGCGAAACAAGAUUGCAGAAACUGGAAAAGAAGAACAGUAUAAUUGUGACUAACGACUGGAUGACCGUUACUCAGCCUUUAAUUGAUCAGACGAUUAUUACAGGUACGCAAAUGCAAGAUAAUUUGUCCACUUCAAAAGGCAGAGACGCUAUAAAAGAAAGAUUUAAGACAUUCAACCAGGAAUUUGAAAAGAUUGUUCAACGGUACAAAAAUUACAACAUCACUGAUCCUACAUUGAAGAAGAAGCUACUUUCUUCUAUUGUUGCUAUGGCCCCAUUAUAUUACAGAUUCUAUGAUAAAUAUAAUGUGCCCCAGUUCUUGAAGCACGGAGGAAGCAAAGUCAUCAAGUACGACAAGAGCGGUUUUGAUAGAAUGCUAGAUUCCAUUUAA